AUGAAAAAAUUUUGCCUUUAUUUGUUUAGAGUUCAGAAUUUAAAAAAAAAUUCAAGAACAAAAGCAUAUUGUUUAGUUGGGAUAGGAUUGUUCCAAAUUUACUGUAAUCUUUUUAGUUUGUAAAAUAUGAGAUUAUUUUAAGAGAAAUGGAAUAUAGGGAAUAAGAGAAUAAUAUUAAAAGGUAAGGUAAUUUGAGUGAUUAUUUGUAAAUUCUAACAUAUUUUGACCCUGAGAAAUUAUGCCAAUAAAGCUCAAUAAUAUUAAUUACGAUAUUAAUAAUCGGAUUUUGCUUUCCAUUUUCAUAUUUUUGUUUAGGAGUGAUAAGCAGUAAGGAAGUAAAAAAUGAGAAAAUUAAAUCCUCUUCUUUGAAAGUAUAAAUUAAUGGUAUAAUAUAGCUUUAUAGUUCGUGUAUCGAUUUAUAUUACUGGUGUUUAUUUUAGCCUUUUAUUUAAGUAUAGCUGGAAGUAUUACUAUUCAAUCAUUAAAUUUUGGAUUGGAAUUAAAUGUUAAAGUAAAACUAUACAAAUGUGGCUUUGAUAUUUUUCCUUUCUCUAUUUGGGUUAUUUUUAAAUACAUUAAUGAUGACAUCGAUAUUACUUUUUUUUUAUUAAAAUGUCAACUUAAAGAUAGAUUUUCUAAGUUGCAGUAAUAAGUAAAUUAUGUUGGAUAUUUUUAUAUUUAAAAUCUUAAUAGCCAUACUUAAUAGCAUUCAUAUUUAAUCAAUCCCUCAUUAUGUAAUAAAAUUACAAUUAUUAGGUUUCAUACCUCAUUAUUUUAAUAUUAUUGACUUUGAAAUUACUAGAGAAUUAAUUUUUAGGAAAUGAUAGACCAUCAUUUUAAUAUAUUCAAUUGAAUUAAUUUUAUUAGCAUCUAAUGUUCAGUUUAUUGGGUGUUCUCAUAACAUUUUUAAUAGAAUUAUCAGUUUUAUAACUAAAUCAAGAAAUCAAUGAUUUUUUAUGCAUAAUUAUAAUAUGUGUAUUUUUGAAUGUCUUGGGUAGCAUUUUUUAAAAUAAAAUUGUUUAUUUUUAUUUGAUGUAGAAUGGCAUUUCUGGUUAAUUAAUCUUGAAUAAAAUUUAUUAUUUAUACUAAUUAAAUACUUCAUCAGUGGAUAAGAAAUAUAUAAUAAUAGGGUUGAUUGAGAAACAUCUUAAAAAAGGAUGUAUUUCUAAAUUAGAAAAAAAAUAGCAAACUUUAGAAUAGUAAAGAGAUCCUUCAUUUUAUAAUUCUUCAAUAGGAUACUGUUUUUGUUAAUAAAAUUAAUUUUAUGAUGCAAGAAGAAAAAUCUUUGUAAAUAGUUAAACAUCAAAAGUAUAAUAUCAUUAUAAAUCGUUCUUCAGAUUUGAAAUUAAAUCUUUAUAUGAACAAUGUAUAAUAUAGAAUAAAGACAAUUAUUAAAUUAGACUAUUAUAUGCUAAAUAUUUGUUUUUUUCUAUUUAAAAUAAAUCUUAAGCUUUAUUGUAGAUGUCAAUUUUGAAAUAAAAAUUUAACAAAUUAUCAUUUUUUGAGAAGAUAGACUUUCAUUUAUUAUUACUAAUGAUGGAGGAAAAGAUAAAUAUCCAAAAUUCUAAUAGUUACUAAAAUUAUCUAGAUUUUGAAUAUGUCAUAGAUAUAGAGAUGAUUUUUAAGAAAAUAAAAAUGAAAAUAGCUGAUUUAAUUUAAAAUUAUAUAAAAUAUUGGAAUACUAUGGAUGAGGAAAAGAUUAUAGAAUCAGAUUUAUUGAAAUUAGAUAAUAAAAUAUAAAGUGGAAUUUAUGAAUGUGAAAAAAUGUGGUUAAAUCUUAAUAACUAUAAUAAAAAUUAUGAUAAUUCACAAAAUGAUAUAAAUUAUAUUAGUAAAAAACCAUAAUGGGAAUUAUUAUAUAUAUGGUAUAAGAGAUAUAUACUUAAUUAAAAAAUGAAAGGUUAAGUUAUUGAUUAUCCUGUUAUAAGUAAUAAUUAAUAGAAUUUUUGCGAUGAGGAUUCAGAUUCAGAUUAUGAAAAUCAUUAUAUGUAAGCUUUUGAUCCAAAAAAACUUUUUCAUUCAAUGACAGCUAUUAUUUUUGCAAAGGAAAAUGGAACCAUUGUCAAAUUUAAUGAAUAUACUAGAUAGAUCUUUGGAUUAUAAGGAUUCAUUAAUAUUAAUUAGAUUAUUCCUAAUUCAAUGAUUCGAAAUCAUAUGUUGAGAGUUAAAGAAUUCAUAGAGAAAGGGAAGACAAGUUCUUUAUAUGCAAGAAAGAAAGUACUUAUUUAAUAUCAAAAUUCAUAUCUUAUUCCAGCAAAUAAAUACUUAAAAAUAUCUAUCAACUAAUUUAUGUUAUUAGAAUUUAUAGUUAUGAUUAGACCUAUUUAACAUGAAUCAUCAGGCAAUUAUUUAGUUAUUAAUGAGGAUUGGGAAAUAGUUUAAACAACUAAACAAUUAAAGAAUAUUUUUGAAUAAUAAUUUAAUUUAUUAUUGAGUUGCCCUAAAUUAUUGCUAUAUUCUAAAUACAAAAAUCUAUUAGAAAACGAGGAUUAUAAGCUAUUUUAAAUCAAGAGUCAAAAGAAAUAAAGUCUAUAGAAAUAAGAAAGUCUUCCAGGUGUUUUAUAAAGUAUCAUUUGAGAUAUCAUUAGGAUAAAAGAGUUUAUUAAAUGAUAAUGUAUUUGAAGAAGUAAAUUAAGAGAAAUAAUUUACUGAACAAUUCAUAAAAGAAAAUGAAGAUGAUUUAGAUGAAAGAUAAAGAUUACUGAAUUCUAAUCUUCAAAAUAAAAAUGAACAGUAUUUUUAAAUUUUGAUACGAAUUCCAAUAUUAUUGAAGCGAAUGUAAGAAGAAUAUUUCAAUUUAAUAAUUAAUGCUGAAAAAGAAAAUUUUAAUGAUUAUCCAGAAGAUUCCAUAAUGAAAAAGCAAAGUAUCAUAAUAAGGAAUGGAAGAAAGAAAAUAGCUUUAAACUUUAAAAUUUUAAUUGAGAAGAUUAAAUUUUUAAAAAGAAUACGUUUAAUGUCUUAAUUAGAAGCAUAUAGUAUUAAUUAUUAAUUAUUAAGGAUAUCUUUAUCGUAAAUAUUUUUGUAAAGCAGAUCAAUUAAAAAAAGUUAUUAGAGUUGAUGCUAAAAUUAAAGUUGAAAAAAAUCUAUUAAUAGAUAAAAUUUAAAUAAUAAAAUUCAAUAAAUUUGAAACUUUUAAUAAUAUUAAAUCAAAAAGAUAAUCACUGUUGGUUAAGGCUAAUGCAAAAAGAAAAAUACUUUAAAUUAAAUCAGAACAAAAAUUAUAAUAAUGCUAAAAUGAAAUAUCAAUUGAUUACACAACUAAUAAUGAUAUAAAAACUACUAAAAAUGAAAACUAAGUAAUAUAUCCUAUGAAAUACUUAAUGGAUGAAAGUUAAAUGAAAAAUGAUUUUAGUGAAUCUUAAAUUCAAGAUAUUUCAUUAAAACCUAAUUAAAAUUUAUUUAUAAAAGAAGAUCAUAAUAAAAUCAAUAAAAAUUUAAAUAAAAUUAAUUAUUUCAAAUGGACAAAUAGAUAUUUUAUAAUUGGAAUGACUUUACUUACUAUGUUAUCAUUUUCAUAUGGUCCAAAUACAAGUUAUAAUGAUUUGUAUCUUUUAAAAGUAAUUUAUAUAAUAAAAUUAUUAGGCUAAUUCAAGUUAUACUACUGCACUUAUUUCUUAAGACUUUUCAUCUAUUUAUAAUCAAUUAAUUGAUAUGGCUCUUUGUAAUUAAAAUGUUACAUUAUGUUCUAAUAUAAUUUAAUAUACAACCAUUUAAAAUAAAUAAGAUCUUUUAGAAUAAAAUAUUCAAUUAGACUUAUAAAAUGUUAAUUAGAGUUUUAUCUAAUUUUAUUCAAGCAAAUUCAACAUCAAAACUAUUUCUUCAAUGAUUCUACUACCACAUGAUCAAGAAGUUCAUAAAUAAAAUAUAUUAGAAGAUAUGAAGAAUUUUUAAGUUUUAUUAUAAUAAUUUAUAAUUACAAACUUAUAAGAAAUUACCUUUGAAUUUUGUUAUUAUUAGAUUUUACAAUAAGAUUUAAUGCCAGGAUUAUAUGAAAGUUUAAGUUAAGUGCAAAUUGAUCUGCUUUAAUAAAUAUACUUAGAAUUUGAUUUUAGAUCAUUAUUUUUUUUGGUUAAUAUGUUAACUGGUUUAAUAGUUUUAUGUAUUUUGAUAGCUAUUAAUUGUUUCAAUUUAUUUAAAAUAAUAGAUCAUUAUUAAACUAUGUAUAGUUAGAUAUAAUAUUUUGAUUAGUCUACAAUUGAAAGUGUAAUUAAAUAUUACAAAUAACUUAGAUAAUAUUUUAAUUACUUUAAUGAAUUAUAAACAUAUUAAACUAAUAGUAUAAAUAAUAAUAAUUUUUAUUAUAGAUUACAUAUCAUUUAAUUCAGAAGGAUUAAUUAAAGUUGAAGUAGAUUAUAAAAUGACAAUGGCUUUAAAAACUACCAAAUUUAUUACAUCUGAUUACUGGUUUAAAUUAAAAUUAAGAUCUAUUUUAUUAUACUCUAUAUUUAUAUUCCUAUUAAUUUUGAUGCCUGUUACAUAUAACAUUUAUAUGUAAAAGUAUGCUAAUGAUCUUAAACUUGAAAUAUCUUAAAAUCCAUUCCUUUUUGAAACUACAAGUCAAUGGGUGUUUACUUUUUCUAAAGAACUGUAUAUUGAAUCCUUUUAUGAUAUUCAUAACAUAAUCUCUCAUGAAUAUUAAGAAUAUUUAGAAUAUUUUAUUGUAGAAGCUUUAAAUACAGAUUCUAAUAGUCUUUAAUCAAGAGUAUUAUCAAUUAAUGAUUACUUUUAUUCAGAUAUUUGCUAAUUAUUAAAUUCUUAGAAUAUAACUUAUUGUUAGAAUAUUGCUGAUGGUAUAUUAAAAUAAGGUCUAUAACAAACAUAUAAUUUAAUGGCCAAUUUAUUUGAAAGUUAAUUAGAUGAAAGCAAGACUAAGUUUACUGAAGUAUCAUUUGAUUCAAUCUAUAAUUUAAAUUUAGUAUUUAUAAAUAAUUAUUAGUUAUAACCUUACAUAUUUGCAAGUAGAAAAGAGAUGUGGAAAAUUUGGAUAAAUAAUUUUUAAGAUAUAUUUUCUUAUUUUGUAAUAACAGAGACAUAAUUAAUGUAAAUUUUUAGAUUUUAAAUAGUAUUUGUUUUUAUAUAUUUUCAUUUUUGAUUUAUUUUAUUACUUUAGAAUUGUACCAUGAAUAACAAUUAAGACUUGAUUAUUAAAAAGCAAGAAAUUAUUAUAAAAGAUAUUUCCCUAAUAAUAUUUUAAAUGAAUAAAAGAGAAUAAAAGCUGUUUUUAAGAAAUUAUCUCUAAUUGGUUGA